UUCCCAGAUACAAGAUGGCGACUGUGUAAUUUUUCGUGCGUCGUUUUGCAGAGUUUGUGAAAUUCCACGCGCUCGUUAAUCGAAAACAAUUCUCAUCUCGACUUUCGGUAGCCGUCAGAAAGCCAUCCUUUCCACACACUUCAGAAGGUCUUCAUAGUCAUCAGUCCACGAAAUCAGCAGAAUGGUAGACAAAAUUGAAAUGAGCCUCGACGACAUCAUCAAGUCGACUCGCUCGCAAAAAAAGCCGCAAGGCACUCGCGGUGCUCCAGGUGGAGCCCGACGGCCGGGCGGCCAGCAGCGAGGCGGAGCCCGUCGUGGAGGCGCCAACGCCAGCGGAUCGCCCAGGAAGCCGGCGCCAGCUAGUGGAGCCGGUGGAGUGCUUAAAGGCCGACGAGGCGGUGCUGUUAGCGGAUCCGUUCAAAAAGCCAAGUUCCCACGGGGCGAUGUGAACAGCGCUUGGAAGCACGAUAUGUACGACGGACCUAAGCGGGGAGCCGUUGGUGGCGGAACCGGACUCACCCGCCUCAUUGUCGGCAACCUAGACUACGGAGUCUCCAACACGGACAUUAAGGAGCUUUUUAACGACUUCGGGCCGAUGAAGAAGGCAGCAGUGCACUAUGAUCGCUCCGGUCGUUCUUUGGGCACCGCAGAUGUAAUAUUCGAGCGUCGCGCCGACGCCAUGAAGGCUAUUAAACAGUACCAUGGCGUGCCUUUAGACGGACGCCCCAUGACCAUUCAGUUAGCCGUCUCCGACGUGGCCGCCUUGACCCGUCCUGUAGCCGCCACCGAUGUCAAGCGUCGUGUCGGUGGUGGCGCAUCAGCUCCAUUCAAGCGUGGUGGUGGCCAAGCUGGCGGCUCUCCGCGUCGUGGCAGCUUUAAACGUCCGACCGGAGGCAAACCGGCAACAGGCGGUCAACGUCGGGAGCGCAAGGCCCCACCAACUGCCGAGGAACUGGACGCCGAACUGGACUCCUACAUCAACGACAUGAAGAUCUAAAUAGCCAAUAGUCUGAAUUAGUCUAACAGAGAAAAAAGUAAAAACACAAUCCCUAGUCUUAAGUCAACCAUAUGGACACUGUCUGCAUGGUUCAUCAAAUCAAACGCAUUGGGAUCGACAACGCCGUGCUAAGGUUUAUAUUGAAACCUAAAGACAUCAAGAAUUAAAACCCAUUUGCGCAUGUACCCAUUUAAUUGUUAAUUAUAUCAAUUUGGCGGCUGUUGGGAUAAGUCGACUUACUGAAAUACAUUUAAUGCUGUAUUUAUUAUAAUUAGUAAUACGCUUUAACAAAGUUCGACGAUGACUUAAUUCUGUAAACUGAAGUAAUUCUAAACUGAAGUGUAAUAAAUACUAGAAUUAAAGUCGUGA